AUGGGAAGGGCACCUUGUUGUGAUAAGAAGGGGUUGAAAAAGGGGCCUUGGACCCCUGAGGAAGAUAAGAAACUGGUGAGCUUUAUCAGCAAGAAUGGCCAUGGCGGCUGGCGCUAUCUCCCCAAGCUUGCAGGUCUCCUUCGUUGUGGGAAAAGUUGUCGGUUGCGUUGGACAAAUUAUCUAAGGCCAGAUAUUAAGAGAGGCCCUUUUAGCCUUCAUGAACAGAAGCUUGUCAUUCAGUUGCAUGCCAUUCUUGGCAACAGGUGGGCUGCAAUGGCCUCCCAGCUCCCAGGGAGAACAGACAAUGAGAUCAAAAACCUAUGGAACACCCAUCUCAAGAAGCGCGUGGCACACGGGCUCCUGCUCGAGCCCGAAGGCCAGCCAGCCCACCACAUGGCGGCCCACGAACCCUCUGACUUUUUCCUCCGGCUGUGGAACUCGGAGGUCGGCGAGACUUUCCGGGACGUGAGCAACGCCGGCAGAAGCUACAGUUCCCCAAGCACGGUGGCUUCGUUCGUCUUGUCGGGGCGCACGUCAGAUUCAUGGAGCCCACGCGAGGCGGAAGACUCGUACGAGUCGGAACUGCGUGAGCUGCUUCUGGAUUUCCCGGGCGAAAACGACAUGAGCUUCUUGGGGCAGCCUGAUUAUUGUUAUUAUGAUUAUGGCUCUAGCUUUUCUUGA